GUGAGGAGGGAGGUUACGUGAGUGUGUCUCCUUACCUGCCCGCUGCACCCACCUGCCUCCGCUUGGCCUGUCUGCCCCCUCCCUCACCUUCUCCAGCCCUUCCCUAGAAAAGGAGGCAUCCUGCAGCACCUGAAAGGUUCGAAGAAUGGAAAUGUUAGCAAGACUUACCCAAGAAAAGAAGGAAGACAUGUGAUUAAAACAGUAUACCCAUUACUGUGCCCAAAGGAGGAGGGAAGCGAAAGAUAGAGAUAAAAGUCGAGAGAAAAAGAUAACUUCCCGUUAAGAAAACGACUGUCAAAGAAAGAAGACAUCGUGAUUUUUUCCGUAUAUGGACUUAGCGGGGCAUUGGGCGUCCGGCGCGCGCGCGCACACACACACACACACACACACACACACACACACACACACACAACGGCCAUGAAAAACAUCAGAAAUGUAUUGUUUUCGGGGUUACUGUUGUGUUGUGAGAUGUAAUCAAACACACGCCCAGAACCACCGCACCUUGCCCCGCCCCGCCAGCUCCUGACCAGCCUCUCUUUAUUGUGGGGGUAGGAAAAAAACCAGGUAACCAGUGAAAAAAAUAAACGAAUAAACCAAAUACUCCAAAAUGACUCGAAUACAAACAAAACCCUAUCGGAAGAGCACCACCACUACUACAACUCCUUCAGAUAAUACUCCGAUCUCAAGUACAACCUCCAAGAUGGCCACCAGGAGACACAAGCCAUGGAAACACUUCAGCCAUACCUUGAUAUACCUUCUUCUCGGGACGACCUGUGUGGCGAGAGCGCAGUGCCCGUGGCCGAGGGAGGUCGUGGAGCUGAACGGGUCUUGUCUCUGCGCUUAUAAUCUCCAAAACGAGCUGUCGAUUCAGUGCACAUCGGUCAACUUCACGCUACUUAUGACUGUCUUACAUCAGCGUGCAGCCAGCGUUCCUCUCGACCUCCUCUACGUCAACGGGACUCGAAUAAGCGCCCUCAAUGAUCGCACCUUUGACGGGCUCAGCGUGGAGAAUAUACAGUUUUCUUCGUGCGGGAUCUACAACAUCAGCGAGGGAGCCUUCAGGGGCCUCGAGGACAAGCUCAAGAACCUCAACCUUCAGGACAACAGGAUCUCACAGGUACCGACGGAGGCGCUGACGAGGCUACGAAGACUCAAACUACUCGACCUCUCCGGGAACCUCCUCACCAACAUUCCGAGGGACGCUUUCAAUGGGUUACGACUCUCCACGUUAAAGCUGGCGGAGAACAAUCUGGUGUUGGCUGACGGGGCCUUCGCGGGGCUUGAGUCUACCCUGAAGAACCUCAACCUGAAGGACACGCAGCAGAAGGCGAUCCCGCGGGCCAUCGUCAACCUGCCCGUCCUUGCCUUCCUCGACAUCGCCCAGAACGAGAUCCGCAGCCUCGAGAAAGGCGUGCUAAGAAACCUCCACUCCCUGACGGCGCUCAACGUGGAGAGGAACCUUCUGCAGAGCCUGGCGCCGGAGGACUUCACGGGCAUAAACGAUACCCUCUCCUCGCUCUCCCUUCUCAAUAACCUCAUCACCCGCUUCCCCGCCCGGGCCUUCAGCACCCUCUCCGAACUCAGGGUGUUGGAUGUCGGCUUCAACCUCAUCCCGGAGAUCCCCGUGGAGGGCUUCCGCGGCGUCAAGUCCCUCACGCUGCUGGCCCUGGACGGCAACCCGCUCAGCACCGUGCCCGAGGCUGCCUUCGGCCACCUCACCUCAUCCCUCAGGGGCCUCUCCGUCGGUGGACGCUUCCUGAACUGUGACUGUCGCAUGGCGUGGAUCCCAAGGUGGAUAACCGAGUAUGACCUCCAGGUGACCUCGAGGGAACGUGACCCCCAGUUCUGUGGUCAGCCCCCCGACCACAGGGACAGGUCAUUCUACCAACUCAACGAGGCGGAGAUGACCUGCGAUGACCCCUCCCCGGCCUCCUCCUUCACCUCCACUCGUCCUCCUCCUCCUCCACCUCCUCCCCCUCCUUCAGUCCUUCAGCCCAAAGCCACCACUGCCGCCACGCCUGCUUCGCCUUCGUCCACGUCGCCCUCUGCCCUACCGACGAGGACUCCGAUCACGACCACCACUACUGCUACUACUACGACUGACGCGACUACGACGACGACGACUGCUACGACAGAGAAGCCUCAGAUGACGUCAUUCCGGCCAGGCGAGGUCAUCCUACCGGGGUCAAGCAGCGUAGGUCAUGGUCACGUGGGGUCAGUGCAGCGAGGGCCUGGAGGAGAGGCACCAAGAAGAGGAGGAGGAAGAAGACCUGGUACUGGCAAUGACCUCCCGCCCCCCCCACCCCCGCCGAGGUCACAGCAGCGGCCCCCACACACUGUCCUAGAGAGACCCGCCAGCCAGCCCGUGCCCUCCUCCCCCCCCUCCUCCUCCUCCCCCUCGAGGCCUAGCUUGGUCUUGAGGAAUAAUGAGAGAGAGGACAACGAGGAUAGGUUCUUCGGGCAAGCCUCUGGACCCUUCGUGGAGGAGGUCAUCGUGCAGGACGCCUACAGAAAGGAGAACUCGGUCAUCAUCCAGUGGGACUCCGAGGUGUCCAACAUUCUGGGCUUCAGGGUCGUGUACAGACUCUUCGGCGACAAGAACUUCAAGCUUGGUCCGCCGCUGGCCGCCUCGGAGCGUGAGUUUAAGAUCAAGAACGUGCCCACGCAGGAGUGCAUCGUGGUGUGUGUCGUGUCCCUGGAAGACACCAACGUCACGCCCGACAGCGUACAGAACUCCCAGUGCCGCGAGAUUCGAACGGAGACAACCGCCGCGAUGCACAUGGACACGAUCAUCAUAGCGGCGUCGGCGGCCAUCUGCGGGACCGUCAUCAUCGCGGUCGUCGUCUUCAUCUGCUGCAACAGGAAGCGCGGCAGCAGUUCCAAAGAAAAGCAUGGCAUCCCCUCAGUCCUCAGUGCCUCCUCCUCGCCGCCCCUCGCCUCCCUUGGCACCCUCGGAGCUGGCGUCGGCGGGGGCGUAGGGGGAGGGAAGGCCGACUGGGACACGCUCUCCAUGUACUCCCAGCGGUCCAUCCCUCGAGCCAGGAUGUACCAUAUGGACAAAGGCUCCAUCAACAACGGGUUCGUGCCGGAAGAUGCUCGGUCGCACUUCUCCCACGCAUCCUCCCGCCACAUCCCACGGGCGCGCUCCAUGGCUGACGGACAGAGCCAAAGGUCCUACUCAGCCCUCAGCGCCGCCAACCUUCGCCACGCCCCCAGCUUCACCGGCCUGGGACUCUCUAGACCAGACCUGAGCCUGUCCCGCCAAUCCCUCGCCACAACACACUUCAGCGGUGCAGGCUUCGGGCCCAUGGCUGUGAACCCCAACGCUGCCUAUGGCCUGGGCGGUCCCGGCUCCACGGUGGGCAUGCCCCGGGCCCCCUCGCAGCGUGGUGGGGACAGGCGGCGGCACCGGUCAAAGUCCCGGGAGCGGUCCAGCUCGCGCCUCAGCCACGCCGGGUCCCAGCACUCCCUCACCGGCUACGACACGGACGGCUGGACUGACCACGAUAUGGACAUCUACGUCGCCAGGAACCCCACGCGUGGCGGCCUGGUGCAGCUCUAGGACCCAUGGACACUGACGCCCCUGGACACACCUGCAGGACUCUUCAAGAUUCCUUCAAAGCGUAUGGUUGUUCCUGAUGCAGCUCUGGGGGCCUUGGGUCAUAACAAGGACAGCUCAGUCGCCUGGUGCAGCUACAAGUAAUGGACCGUGGGACACUGACACCCAUAGACACAUCUACAUAACUCCUUAGGACUCUGCAGGUUGUUUCUGGCGGAGCUCUAGAAGUCCUGUAUCACAUCAUGGACAGCUCUGUGGCCUGGUACAGGUAUAGGUAGAGGACCCUGGGACACUAACACCCCUGGACACACCCAAAAAGACAUCUCUGGCGUUCCCCCAUGCAGCUUAAAGAGAUCCUGAGACAUGAACAUUUCUGAACACCUACAGGAACCUUCAGGAAGAUCCCCCGAAAACGUAGCAAUUGUCAGGUGUCCAUAGCCAUGUAUCUGUGUUGGGUAAGGAUCCCUCGUCGUGGACUCCCAGGAUUUCCUUAUCUCAACAUUUAGAGGUUGACGCUAAGGUUGGUAUUCUAAGACACUUGCUUCUCACAUCAACUAUUUCUAAAGGUCAAAGAGGGGAUCAAUCGGGUUCUAAUGAGUGUUUCUUUAGGUUCAUGGUACAGUAGAAGGGUCAAACUACCACCAGGGUCAUAAAAAUACUUCUGGAAAUGCUCAAAGCUCCUAUGAAAGCCUUGUCAAUUAUGUAAACUUUGUAGACGAAAUGUUUAGUAAUACGACCCAUAGUAAGACUCCACGGAUGAUUAUUAGUUGCGAAUAGCGAACCACAACCCAAGACGCUCCUGUGUGGUGCUAGGCAAAGAUCCCUCGCAGAAGGCCUCCCUGAUUUCAUUCCCUCAACAUUCAGAGGAUCGACUAAGACUUUGUGGAUUCAUAGCUGUGAUAUACCCGCCCCAACACUAAGAAUGCUCAUAUGUUGUUCCUUGCGCAUCCUUGAGGGUCCUACAUGGCGUGAAUAAAGAAUCCUCGCCGCAGGACUCCCAGGAUUUCUUUCUCAUACCAUUCAGAGGAUCGACCCGAGGCCCUGCGGAAUCCUAUAGCUGUGAAGAGCCCACUACAACACCAAGAAGAAGGUUCCUAUGUAGUGUCCUGAUGUGCUGACUGACCGCUUCAUGUGGCAAUGUGGUGGUGGCGGUGAUGGCGUGGUGGUGGACUGGUGGUGGGUGUUUCAGGGUACCUUGGGGCAUGGUUAGGGCUGUCACCACCACUCCGCAGCACCGCCAGCCACUCACGACCUUCCUGCCUUCCCUUACCACCCUUCCGAGGACAGACAGGUUGAGGUAGCGAGAGGGGUAGUAGAGUAGAUUUCCUGUA